AUGCCACUUCAAGUCAUUCCAAAGAUCUGCUCUGUACUCAUAGUCGGCCUCUCCGCACUUUGCGCCGUUGCUCCCAUUUCCCAUACACCUACUGUAUACUUGGAACCUGAGGAAGUAAAGACCAUCGCCCUUACUCCCAUCCAUCCUUAUAUAGUGUGUCUUCAUGAACAGAAUUGGCUAGUGUGGAUCCACCGUUCUUUUCAAACCCACUUCUUUGUAAUUAACUCGACAGCUAACUUCUUCUCUGUUCGUGUCUAUUACGGGCUUAAUGAGGAUGAUCUUCGCAGUCGAGCACCAUGGUUACGUUUUCCCGAGGAAUCGCCGACUUCCGAUCUCUCUACGUUCACUGUAUUUACCAGCGACCUUGGUCCUCCUGAGUACGUCGAAACUCAUUCCAACGGUCGCAUUCCACUAACUGGAGCAUAUUCGCGUUGUGUUGCCCUGUUGCCUUUGCGGAGUCAAGGUCAGCACCACUCCGUUUUCGAAAUUUCCUUCACUUCUGACUUGGAUUUUGGACGCGUCCUCCGACUCCUUCUUGGUCUCGUAAUAUACUUUUGUGCGCCAUGCCUGUGCGGAAAUAUCCUCUUCUACUACUGCUCCGGUGUCAGCAUGUCAAUUCUUGCAAGCUUCCUCAUCCUGCUCUUUCUGGUCUUCCGACUGCUGCCGAAGCGGUCGAGCCUCGUGCUUCAGGGUCUGGUUGUGUUUGGCGGUGGUGCCAUGAGCAUGCUGCUAUUCUGCUUGGGUCAUCUGCGCAAUGUAGUUGUCAAUUUUAUUUCAUCCAACUUGUCCCUCUUUGUUGCCUACGCGCUAAUUGUAGCAUUGUUCAGCACUGCCAUCUUGUACUGGUUUAGUCUACCAGAGACCCUUUUGGAGCGCUUCCCUCGCACUCAAAGCCUCCUUAACCUUUCUCUGCGUGCUCUUGGCGUUGCGCUCAUAACCUCUGCUCCCCAGCUGCCAAGCGAGUCCCACCGUUUACGUCAGCUGCUGCACGAGGGCAACCGCUGGGUGGAGGAAAAGUUUAGCGUGGAUUGUGAUAAGCUGAUCUCUCCCUUUAUGCCGCCCUCCUAUAUUGCAACGCGUUUGCUGUUUGCAAUCUUUGUUGCCUUCGUUUUGCAUGCGGUAAUCUACUUCUUCCGGUCCUCUGACACAACGAUUGGACGAAGGGAUUUCGCUAGUGGUCGGCGUCGCCGACAAAGAUGGCGAGGGGAUAACAUUUUGCCGCCGGUACCCUGUGCGGCCUCUUCUCCGGCGUCCCCCGGCUGGCAUCCUGCCUAUACACCAGUAAGUUACUACAACGACGAAUUCGGGGAGGAGGCGGAGGAAGGAGAAUACAAAUUACGGCUAAACGGAUCACAUACCUCCUGGAAGUCGCCCCAUAUCUAUAUGCCAACGCCAUUACGACAACAGUACUAUCCCGUGGAUUUUGGCGGCCAGAGAAUGAUGUCACCCAUUUUGCCUUCUAAGUCACCCUACACCGGAUAUCCGAGUGCACGCAACAAACAUUCCUAUUACCGGUCUAGGUCGUCGCCUAGAGCGGCAGCAUGUGCGGAACUUCUAACAGAUGACGAAGGAGAUUAA